AUGACCUCGUACGGCCCGCAAAUCGAGAAAUUAGUGCGAUAUAUUACCGCUGCCUGGUGUGACCGCGAUCUUGUCUUUGCCGAUAAAUGGAACGUGUCGGAAUUCUACCCCAUCAUGCUGAUGUGUGACUGUCUUGUCCGGCUGCUUUACCACUGGGACCAAGGUCACCUCCUGCACAUAUCUGAGGAGCUCAUCACCGAAAAGGUGCCACUCGUCCUCUGGCAAGCAUUAAUGCAGACGCUCCAGAGGCAGAACCAUAAUGAUCUCCAAAGCCUAUGUGUUGGCUGGGCUGAAGGCCAAAAACCCCAAGUAUACGAUGGGCGACAGGAUCAGAACAAUUUACGUACCGGAUGUUUUCUUGGUGGACUCAAAAGAGCUCGCACCGCCAUGUUUGAUCGCAAGGGCAUGAAGAAGGACAAUUAUCUGGCGUUCACCCCGUCGGCGGUCUGCUGUGCGAAUAACCUCCAACGCGCCUUCAUCAAAACAGACAUUUUGCACGACUUCAUGGUGUUGAUCAUGCGUGUGUACCAGUGGGAUGAGUACAUGGAGCAUGACGUGGCUAAGGAGCUCGUGAGCAAUUUGUCCGAAGUCAAGGAAGUGAUCAGGGGGAUCUUCAAGCCCGAUGGGUUCAAGAGGAAUGUGAAGAGAGCGGUAGCACAGGCCAAGGGAUCUGUCCACACUAGCGAGGGCCACACAAACGGGCAUUGGAAGGGAAACUCAGCUCAGCCCUCCAACGAGGAUCCGCAUCCACAGUCGAACGGACACCAUAAUGGAGCCGGGAACGGCCACGUCAACGGCGCUGCGGAGCCGAUUCUUGUUCACAAAACCACUUUCCCAGCGGCUCUCUCGUCUCUCAAGGAUCGACUGCAAAGCUUAAUGUCAAGCAUUGUCCAUCACCCGCGGGUCCUCGUGGCAACCGCCUACGACAAGCAGCAGCUCCAUUACGAGCUCCGCGAAUGUCUGCUGGCCCAUGUCACCCAAAUCAUGGACAGUCGACAGGCCACGCAGCCGGACCAAGACAGAGACUGGCUCCCACAAACCUCAUACCACACCUGGUUACGUACCACCGGAUCCAGCCAUAGAUGUGCGCUAUUAUCGCUGGCCUAUCUCCUCUGUCUCAUGUCCAGGGAGCAGAAGCAGGCACUCAUGCCAGAGGAGACUUACGUGGUUCAAUAUAUCUGCAUGCAUCUUGGUCACAAAGCGCGACUGGAGAAUGACCGGGCUUCGUACGCCCGAGACAAGAGAGAGGGGGAUUUGAACUCACUGGAUUUCCCCGAGUUUCGACAUGUCAGUUCGGAAGAUGACCGAAAGACCCAUCUGGCUCCAAUUGUCGAUUAUGAGCGGAAGUGUUGCGUGGCCGGCAUCGAGACCCUACGGGAGCUGCAGGCCGAACACAAGUCCCCUGGCUGCGAGGAGGUGUUGACGAUGCUGGAAUUCUAUCUGUUUCUGACGGAUAUUUAUAACGAUGUUUAUGUUAUGAGGGAUAUCUCUUGUUCGGGCUGA